CACACGUGACGACGGAGGCGGCGCUGGCGGCGCAGAGUGCAAAUGAUGGCGCACAUCGGUGGCCAGGCUCUGAACCCGGUGACCCUGCGCAGCACAUUCCUUGCCGCCGACCAGGGACACAAUGGAGCUAUUGACUAUCGAGAGCUUCAGAUGGCCCUAUCCUCGGGUACAUGGCGACCCUUCAAUAUGGAAACGGCCAAGAUGCUGGUCGACCUAUUCGACCGAAAUCAUGACGGCACCAUCAACUUCGACGAGUUCGCCGAGCUCUAUCGCUUCGUGACAGAUUGGUCAUCAGCUUUUCGGCACUUCGACAAGGACAACACCGGCAGCAUGGAAAACAGUGCGCUCCAGACUGCACUGCGCGAGUUUGGCUACAACGUGUCUGACCGGUUCUCCGAUCUCCUAGUGCGCCGGUACGACAAAAACGGCAAGAUCUACUUCGACGAGUUUAUUCAAAUUUGUAUGUUCAUCAAGAACGCGACAGAUGCAUUUCGUCGGUACGAUCGCCAAAAGACAGGCGAAGUGAAUGUCCGUUUCGAGGAGUUCGUCCUUAUGGUCAUGCUGGUGCUCGUAUAGAACACAUUGAUUAACAGGACAAAUUUAGACAUAAUGCGCGUUGUGGUACCUUCGAUCACACCAGACAUUCAGGAGCGAGUUGGUGAUCAUGUGCUGGCUGCGCUCUGCUUGUUCUGCAAUGGCCGGUUGGAUAUACAGAAAUUCACGUAUAUAUAUUUCUGAUUCUUCUUCUUUGCA